AUGGAUGUCAUCCUCCUGGAGAAGACCCUGCUGGGCCUCUUUGCUGCGUCGGUGCUCGCCAUCGUGGUCGCGAAGGUCAAGGGCAAGCGUUUCCGCCUCCCUCCGGGACCCUCCGGUGCCCCCAUCGUGGGCAACUGGCUGGAGGUGGGUGAUGACCUGAACCACCGCAAGCUUCUGGGCCUAGCCAAGCGUUUCGGCGAGGUGUUCCUCCUCCGUAUGGGCGUCCGCAACCUGGUGGUGGUGUCGAGCCCGGAGCUGGCCAAGGAGGUCCUCCACACCCAGGGUGUGGAGUUCGGCUCCCGCAACCGCAACCUUGUGCUGGACAUCUUCACCGGCAAAGGGCAGGACAUGGUGUUCUCGGUGUACGGCGACCACUGGCGCAAGAUGAGGCGGAUCGUGACCGUGCCCUUCUUCACCAGCAAGGUGGUGGCGCAGAGCCGCGCCGGGUGGGAGGAGGAGGCAAGGCUGGUCGUGGAGGACCUCAAGGCCGACCCGGCGUCGGCGACGGAGGGCGUGGUCCUCUGGCGCGGCCUGCAGCUCAUGAUGUACAACGACGUCUUCCGCGUCAUGUUCGGCCGCCGCUUCCACACCGCCGACGACCCGCUGUUCAACGAGCUCAAGGCGCUCAACGUCGAGCGCAGCAGGCUCUCGCAGAGCUUCGACUUCAACUACGCCGACUUCAUCCCCGUCCUCCGCCCCUUCCUCCGACGCUACCUCAACCGCUGCACCCAGCUCAACAAUAGGAGGAUGAGAAUCUUCGAGGACCAUUUCGUCCAAGAGCGAGUGAAGGCGUUGGACCAGAGUGGCGAGAUUACGUGCGCCAUCGACCACGUAUUGAUGGCCGAAAGGAAGGGCGAGAUCAACCACGACAACGUCCUUUACAUCGUUGAGAACAUCAACAUCGCAGGCAUCGAGGGAACGUUGUGGUCAAUUGAGUGGGGCAUUGUUGAGCUGGUGAACCACCCGGAGGUACAGUCGAAGCUCCGCGACGAGAUGGCUGCCGUGCUGGGCCCUAACGUGGCACUGACGGAGCCGGACCUGGAGCGCCUCCCCUACCUCCAGUCGGUCGUGAAGGAGACUCUACGCCGCCGCAUGGCCAUCACGAUGCUUGUGCCACACAUGAACCUACGAGACGCCAAGCUCGCCGGCUUUGACAUCCCCGCCAAGUCCAAGAUCCUCGUGAAUGCCUGGUUCCUCGCCAAUGACCCCAAGCGGUGGGUGCGCGCCGACGAGUUCAGACCCGAACGCUUCCUAGAGGAGGAGAAGUCUGUAGAGGCCAACGGCAACGACCUGCGGUUCGUGCCCUUCGGUGUCGGCCGGCGAAGCUGCCCGGGGAUCAUCCUGGCGCUGCCAAUCAUGGGCAUUACGCUCGGCCGCCUGGUGCAGAACUUCCUGCUGCUACCGCCGCCGGGGCAGGACAAGAUCGACACCACCGAGAAGCUCGGACAGUUCAGCAGCCAGAUCCUCAAGCACGCCACCAUCGUCUGCAAGCCGCUCGAGGCUUAG